AUAAUUAUCGGCCAAAUUUUAAAACAGCUCUGCCUUACAGCUUCGGAGCCAAAAAUCCCCUCCAAAACGGCCCAACCUAAAAAAAAAAAAAAAAAAAAACACCUGGUCUUCUCUCAAGUCUCAAAUAUUAAAUAAAAUAAAAAAGGAGAGAUUUUUAUUAUUAUUAUUAUUAUUAUUUUUUAUUAUUAGUAUAAUAAUAAAUAAUUUGACAACAAAAUCCAGAUCGGGGUGAGCAUUGUGAAACGCUGUUGAUUUUUUUUUUUGUUAGAUUGUUGUGACCAUUUGAAUCUAGCAUUGAAAUUUUGUUCGAGGAAGAAGUGUUUUUGAAUUUGGUUGGUUGGUUGGAUUGGAUCUGAUCGAACGGUUUUGUGUGUGUGUGUUGAAAAUUUUGAUUUGUUUUGGUUAUUUUUUUUUUAAUUUUUGAGAUUGGUGUGGUGGUGGUGGGAGAAUAAUGGAUCCAUUAUCAUCGAUCAGCGAAGAACUUGCGGAGAUCGAAGGCCAAAUCAGCGAUAUUUUCAGGGCUUUAUCAAAUGGGUUUCAAAAAUUGGAGAAGAUUAAGGAUUCCAACAGGCAAAGUAGGCAGCUGGAGGAGCUCACAGAGAAGAUGCGAGAAUGUAAGAGGCUUAUUAAAGAGUUUGACAGAGAAGUCAAGGAUAUUGAAAGUAGAAAUGAUCCCAACACCAACAGGAUGCUUAGUGAGAAAAAGCAGUCUAUGAUUAAGGAGUUGAAUUCAUAUGUUGCCUUGAAGAAACAAUAUACAGCCAAUCUUGAUAACAAAAAAAUUGACCUCUUUGAUGGACCAACAGAAGGACAUGAUGAAGAAAAUGUCUUGCUAGCCUCAAAUAUGACAAAUCAACAGCUUAUGGAUAAUGGACACCACAUGAUGAAUGAAACAGAUCAGGCCAUUGAGAGAUCAAAGAAGGUUGUUCAAGACACCAUCAAUGUUGGAACUGAUACAGCAGCAGCUCUCAAGGCUCAAACUGAACAAAUGAGUAGGGUUGUUAAUGAGCUGGACUCUAUACAUUUCUCUAUCAAGAAAGCAUCUCAACUGGUCAAGGAAAUUGGUAGGCAGGUUGCAACUGACAAGUGUAUUAUGGCAUUACUUUUCCUAAUUGUUGUUGGAGUCAUAGCCAUCAUUAUCGUGAAGCUUGUAAAUCCGAACAACAAGACCAUCCGGGAUAUACCUGGAUUAGCCCCUCCCGCAGGCCGAAAAUUACUCUGGUACCUUACCUAGAAAGAAAAUCGAACUACAAUUCACGCAGGGUUUUCGGGUAAUUUGCACCUAGUUUGGAUGAAGGUUCCGAUUCCACAGAUAUUCAGAGCUGAUUAAGUCAGGUGAUGGAACUAUUUCUGGUAGUUUUUGCUUUAGAGAGUGGCUGAGAUGAUCAAAUGCUAGUUUCUUUCUACUCUUGUGUCAUGACUUGGUGAGAAGGUUGGAAUGGGUGAGAUGUGUAACAUCAUAUUCUUUUGACUCCCCCCAGAUUAUAAAUUUUUAUGCCCUAUUUAAGUGAGGGAGACACUUUUGAUUGUCUCCCUUGAAGAGGUUUAUAUUGUUUCAUAUCUUGUAAAUUAGCAGUUGUUUUAUUUGUUAUUGGUCACUUGUUUUCAAAAUUAUUGUGUAUUGCUUCUGUCACUUCCAUUUAUUUGGAAAAUAUACUUUAGAAACAAACAUUCCUAUUUCCUAGUGGAGACAUAAUAAGCUUUCUUGCA